UCUCUCCAUCCAGCAUAUUGUUGGCGACUGUAGUCUAGGACUUUAGAAGAAUGGAGACAAACGAGAAAGAGAAUUUUGACCUCAGCACGAUAUCUGCUGAGACUCGUGAUAUCGCUGAGUCUUCCUCAAAAUCGAAGAAACAUUUUGUUUUGAGUGACGAAGAUGUUCCUUAUGAAGAGGAUAUAUUGAGAAAUCCGACUUCUCUACGUAGUUGGCAGCGAUACAUAGACCACAAAAGAAAAAGCAAUGCUCCUUGGAGGCAAACUUGCCAGAUUUACGAACGUGCUCUGAAAGUUUUUGAUCGAAGUUAUAAACUGUGGUACAACUAUUUGCGUUUUCGUCAGCGCGUUAUAGCUCACAAACCACCUACGGAUAUAUCGUGGGCACACCUCUGCGAUGCUUACGAACGUUGUCUCAUACACAUGCACAAGAUGCCUCGUAUCUGGAUGGACUACUGUACGAUAAUGACGAAACGGCGGAUUAUCACUGAUACUCGUCGUGUAUUCGAUAGAGCUCUUCGAGCGCUUCCUGUCACGCAGCAUCUACGAAUCUGGCCUCUGUAUAUCAAGUUCGUCACUAGUCAUGAUAUUCCCGAGACAGCGAUCAGAGUGUACAGAAGAUAUCUUAAAUUAUAUCCAAGAGCUCGGGAAGAUUUUGUAGAAUAUUUGCAAAAGAUUGAUCAGUUGGACGAGGCAGCUAAGCAACUAGUCGCCUUGGUAAAUGAAGAUAUGCCGGUUUCAGAUAAAGGAAAAACUGUUCAUCAGUUGUGGGCUGAGCUCUGCGAGCUUAUCUCUAAAAAUCCUAAGAAAGUAUAUUCACUGGAUGUCAAUGUUAUUAUGAGGCAAGGUAUACAGAAAUACUCAGAUCAGGUUGGGGUACUGUGGUGUGCAUUUGCUGAGUAUUACAUCAGAGCUGGACAGUUCGAAAGGGCUCGCGAUAUUUACGAAGAAGCUAUGAUUUCCGUCAAAACUGUCCGCGAUUUUACCCAAAUCUUCGAUGCUUUUGCGGCUUUUGAGGAAAGAAAUACGGCGGCACGAAUGGAUAAUUUGGCAGAACCUCCUGAUGAAGAGGAUGAGUUAGAGCUAGAAUGGUUGUUUGCCAGAUUUGAGCACCUCAUGGCUAGGCGGCCGCUUUUGCUGAACAGCGUGCUUCUGCGGCAAAAUCCACACAAUGUGCACGAAUGGCUCAAUCGUGUUGCUUUAUAUGAGGGACAACCUGAGAAGCAAAUUGACACCUAUCUCGAAGGUGUACGAACUGUAAAACCAAAGUUGCAAGUAGGUAAACUGAGCGCUCUGUGGAUCUCCUUCGCCAAGUACUACGAAAAGGCGGACCAGUUGGAGGACGCCAGGAGCAUAUUCGAGAAGGCCACACAAAUAGCUUAUGCGAAAGUGGACGAACUUGCUAUGGUUUGGUGUGAAUAUGCAGAGUUAGAGCUUAGGCACAAGUCUUCCGAGCGUGCGAUCGGCGUUCUGCGAAGGGCUUGUGCACCACCACCACGAAAAACAAACUACUUCGAUGAGACCGAAACGGUACAAGCCAGAGUUCACAAAAGCUUACGAGUAUGGUCGAUGUAUGCAGAUUUGGAGGAGAGUUUUGGCACGGUUGACUCAUGUAGAGCAGUGUAUGAUCGCAUUCUCGAUUUGCGGAUAGCAACACCACAAAUAGUGAUAAAUUAUGCAAUGUUCUUGGAAGAGCAUGACUACUAUGAGUACGCUUUCAAAGCUUACGAAAGAGGAGUUGCUCUGUUCAAAUGGCCACAAGUGUUCGAUAUCUGGAACCUUUACCUCACUAAAUUUGUCAAGAGAUAUGGUGGGAAGAAGUUGGAACGAGCACGGGACUUAUUUGAGCAGUGCCUAGAAACAUGUCCUGCUAAAUUCACAAAAAACAUCUUCCUGUUAUAUGCCAAGCUUGAGGAAGACUAUGGUUUGGCUCGACAUGCUAUGUCUAUCUACAGUCGUGCCACAGAAGCCGUUGAUAGAAAGGACAUGUAUUCGAUGUUCAAUAUCUACAUCAAAAAGGCCCAAGAGCUCUACGGUCUUCCACACACGCGACCCAUCUAUGAACAUGCAAUCAGUGUACUUCCAGAGGAUGCUUCUAGAGAACUGAGUUUACGGUAUGCUCAGAUGGAACGCACGCUUGGUGAGAUUGAUCGUGCUAGAGCGAUAUUUGCCCAUGCUUCUGAAAUCUGUGAUCCGAAGGUCCAUGGUCACUUCUGGGAUACAUGGAUGGACUUUGAAGUCAAGCAUGGUAACGAGGACACGUUGCGUGAGAUGUUGCGAGUGAAACGCUCAGUCCAACAGACAUACAAUACAAGCGUCAAGCAUAUGUCUGCGCAGAUGAUUGCGGCUGGAGCGGCGAAGGCUGCUGAAGAAAUCAGAUCUACCAAUGCGAUGCAAUUGCUCGAUAAGCAGUCUGACAAAUCAGCUGGAGGAAUUGCUUUCGUACGUGGAGCCAGCAAGACCACUCAAAUGGACACCACAGAAAAUCCAGAUGAAAUUAAUGUGGAUGUGGAUGACGAUGAUGAAGACGAUGGAGCUGCUAUUGAAACGCAAGCAGUACCUGCAGCAGUUUUUGGUGAUCUCAAAAGACCAGAUCAAGAAGAAGAAGCAACUUGAAUUUUAUGUUUUUGUAAUUCUAGAUUUGUAAACUACCUGUUGUUACUUUUCACAUUGUUAUAUAUAAUGCGUUUCGUGAUCUGAGAUAAAUUAUCCAAUA